GAAUGGCAUCACCCUCGCACUACCUAGCACAGCGUGUUGGACCGAUCUCUGCGUACGACAGUCUGGAAGCAUGUUUGUAUGUAUGACAGUGGGGAUUGAACACGAGCAUGGGCUGAUCGGUGGGCAGAGUGGAGAAGACGAGAGGCGUGAGAGCGGGGAGCAAUGCGAGAGAUAUAUGAAUGGCUUGGAGGAGAGGAGGGGUUGAAGAUGGAUGGGAGGGAUGGAGGGAUGGAGGGCAUGCCAUUUGGCAAGGGCAAGGCGCAGGCAGGCAGGCAGCAGGUUGCAGUCGGUCGGUCUGUCGUUGGUCCCUUCGAAUCUGGCAAGUGAACUGGGCCCCCAAACCAAGUGCGACACCAUCCCGACGGCUGUGGCAUCAAGACGACGACAAGUCCAGAGGGAAGAGCUUGUGGAUAAGAUUCCUGGGUACAGGUGCGGGGAGGGGGACAACGGUGAUGGAUGCACGGUGGUGGUGCGCGAUGUGGGUUGAUUGGUGGGUACGAGAGGUUUAAUGCACGGCGUGUGUGUGUUGCGCUGUGACUCUUUGAUAAACCAUAGCGUCUUCCUCCGUGCGUGCGCGGGUUGGAUGCAAAGCACAAUAACGUCUUUGCCUU